AUGUUCCGCCUCUCUGUUUUCAGCCAUUUUUCAUCCAUCAACUUUCUACCUUUUUCUUUAGAGAGCUCUACUUUCACUUUGUCGGCGAAUGGCGCCAAAACUUUAAGAGGGGAUGAGUUUUUUAUUCCGGGCUGUUGGAUAAUUGUCACAUUGAGUUGGUCUUUGUUCAAACAAAAAGACAUUGUCACAAUUUUGACCAAGAUGGCAGAAGGAGGAGACGUACAAGCCCAGAAUGCCAGCCAGUGUGAAAACUGUGAUUGCCAGCCUGCAACACAUUACUGCAAAACAUGUCCAGGUCGACUUUGUGAGCCAUGCAAAGUUCAGCACCUGCAGCGUAAAAUAUCAAACAGUCAUCAUAUUGUAUUACUCAGGGGCAACAUCCAAGAGGAUGUAAUCAAGGAUUUUGGGUUUUGCCGCUUCCACCCAGAAUCUAAGUACGAGGUCUGUUGUAAGUUAUGUGAAGUUCCGGUCUGUGCCCGUUGCCUCACUAAAAAUCACAAUGGCCAUGUUCUGGCAGAAAUCCCAAAAGUUUAUGAAGAGUCAAAGAAAAGCAUGAGGGUUGACCUGAAGGAUUUGGAUGACAUUAUUCUACCAGAGCAUGAUGCUCUGUUGGACGAUGCAACACAACUUUUAACAACACUAAAACAGAAAAUUGAGGAUCUGGAAAAUGAGAUGAAAGCUCAUGCUAACACAAUGACGGAUAUGAUUCAGAAAAUUAUGCAGGCAGGGGUCAAACAGAUGGCCAAACUAAGCACUGGUCCAUAUGAGGGUCUUCAGAUGCAGAUUAUAUCCUUGGAAGAAAGAAUACUUCAACUGACCAAUCUUAAAUCUGACAUGACAAAGUUGCUGGACUCUGAUAACAUGGUGGAGUUGCUGUGGUUCAGACAGGAGAACUCCAUCUUCAGUGAGAUGUACAGUAUUCCUGACUCCUGUACCUGCAGCAAGCCAACAUUUACCCCAGGGAAGGUUGAUAUGAACCAGCUGCUGCAACAGUUUGGAGCUUUCACCUACCCAGUCCUGCAAUACCAUAGGGGACGGAGGGUACCAAGCAAGCAUAGAGCAAUUAAAGCUAGCGGCCAGCAGAAAAAGGUCAUGAAGUCUCCCAAAAAGACAAGCACCCUAAAGAUUGACAAGAAACGGAAGGAUCCCAUCUCAACAUUUUGUAUGGACCAUGAUUCACUCUGGGCAAUACAUGUUGGGAAGAAGUUGAUUCAAUAUGACUUGGAUACUGGACAAGAGUUGGAUUGUAUAGAUUUUAAAAGAGAUUUUGCCCAAGGAGCUGGAUUAGCCAUUUUACGCACAGGAAAUGUUUUGUACACAGAUUGCGAAAGUAAGUUGAUAUACGAAAUUUCCCCAAACUUGGACGAGUUGAAAGUUCAGAAAAUGUGCACUACUGAAAACCAUCCCACUGGUUUGUAUCUCUGCAGAAACGACGACAUCCUCGUGUGCCAAGUUUCCCAAGUAAAGUCCGCAGAGGAUAAAAAUCAAGAGAAAGGCUUCAUUGCAAAGUACUCCAAAACUUGGAACCUGCUGUUGAAAAUCUCCCAUCAAGACCACAAAGAACUGUUCUCGCGACCGUACUUUGUGGCCGAGAACGUCAACAUGGACAUUUGUGUCUCGGAUGUUGGCAAACAGCAAGUGAUUGUCGUGAAUCGGGAUGGGAAGAAGAGGUUCUCUUUGGGAGGAACGACGCAGAAGUUUAACCCCCAGCAGUUAGAUACCGACAGUUUAGGUAACAUUGUGGUAGCUGACCACACCAAUGCCUGCAUUUACUUGUUCAACAAGGAUGGCAUGUAUCUGUCCACCAUUGUAUCCAAACUCACUGAAGCUUUCGGACUGAGCGUAGACAGGAAAGAUAAUCUGUAUGAACUGGGAUUCUUGUCUCUGAAGAUGAAAGUCUACAAGUACCUGGAGGAACAUGGCCUAUGAGUACCAGUAAAGGGAUGUACAUGAAAGAUAUCCACCAUCUGUAGAUCAAGAUAUCUGAGCAGCUGUUAAAUCUAGUCAAUUAUUGAGCGAUUUCUCACACCAUCUAUAGAAUUCAUUAAGAUAUCUGAGCAGCUGUUAAAUCUAGUCAAUUAUUGAGUGGUUUCUCACUAUUUGUUAGUAACCUCACUUGAUUUAAUACUGUACUUUGAAUAAGAGCUUUAACAAUUUAUUUCCUUUUCUUUCUUUUUUGUUGUUGUUGGCAUUUAGUUGUUUGAUGACAUUUUACUGUUUCCCCAGUACAUAGCUUAAGCUUUUCAGAAUAAAAUUUUGGUAUCGGGGGUAUAUAUUUUCAAUCUUUAUGAGCUCUGUUUGAAUGAAUACCAAUGUAUAUGCAUGCAUGAUUAUUGUGACUUUAAAAUUGCAUUGUGACUUUAAAAUUGCCAUUUGCAGAAUAGUGAUCAUGUAGUAUGUGCUAAUUUCCCCAAUAAUCCAUUUCUUUCUUCA